CGCCGGUCGAUCAUGACUCAGUUAAUACGCGUGUGAAAUAUUACCCUAAAACCAUUAAUACUUUCGAAUUCGUAGCAACAUCGGCCUGACAACAGAAGUGAACUGUGUCAAAAAUGACAUGUCGUCCCCCCUCUCUUCUACUAAAAUCUUCGUUGCGCGUUUCUGACUGUGCAGUGUUAGAAAUAAAGUGAUGAUGUCGGACAGCGAGAGUGCCGUGAGAUGAUCUCGUUCCAUAGAUACUCGGAAGUGAUUUUCUAAGUGAAAUAACAAUUGGUUUAUCGAACAAUAACCGUGAUCCGUGAACAGCAAUGACUGUCUAAAGUCAAAGGUGGAUUUUUCAACGGUCUAUAGUCGUUUGAAAGAGUUGAAAAAUGGGGAAAACUUUUUGCCAAGCUUGUAAGAAGAAGUGUAGCGGCGAGGUGCUACGAGUACAGGAUAAAUAUUUUCACAUUGGUUGCUUCAAAUGCGCUCAGUGCAACGCUAGCUUAGCACAGGGUGGAUUUUUCGCUCGUGAAGGUUCCUACUAUUGUACCAAGGAUUACCGCGAACGUUGGGGUACAAAGUGCGCAGGUUGCGGAGAGUACGUCGAAGGUGAUGUCGUAACUGCUGGAGAAAAACAUGCUUUUCAUCCCAAUUGUUUCCAUUGUCAACGGUGUCGACAGCCGCUCUUGGGUCAAGGAGCAAAAGUGACUUUGGUACAAGGUCAAGCACUGUGCCAUCGAUGCGUCAGUAUUCCUGUAAGAGAAGCUGCUACACCUGUCAAUAGCAGCGGACCUCCACCUGUGGGGGAGGGCCAGAUAGAUCCGGGUGCAUGUGCCGGUUGUAGACAGCAACUUCGUGAAGGUCAAGCUUUAGUCGCUCUAGAUCGUCAGUGGCACGUUUGGUGCUUCAAGUGUCAUAGCUGUGAAACUGUACUGCACGGCGAAUACAUGGGAAAGGAUGGAGUACCGUACUGUGAGAAAGAUUAUCAAAAACAAUUCGGAGUUAAGUGUGCAUACUGCAGCCGAUACAUAAGUGGCAAGGUUUUGCAAGCUGGUGAAAAUCAUCACUUUCAUCCGACAUGUGCGCGUUGCACGAAAUGUGGGGAUCCUUUCGGGGAUGGCGAAGAGAUGUAUUUGCAAGGCGGUGCCAUUUGGCACCCACGCUGCGGACCGGGCCCCACAGGUCCUAACGGCAUCGUCAAUGGUCACGCGGAAAGUCACCCACCUACUCCUCAUAGAGAUUCGGAACGCAUUUGUAGCAGCGCUUCAGAAAUGCAGUUUUCAAUACGGUCACGCACGCCAAGCCUCAAUGGAUCCUUGUACAGCCCUUACAACAGCCUCAGCCGCAAGUACUACCCAACAAGAACUGGAAGUCCUGGACUGAUUUUGAGGGAAUACGGGAGAGGUGGCGAAGAUGUGUCUAGGAUUUGUACAUAUUCUUAUCUGACGGAGACCCCGAGUCAGGGGUACUUGAGACGACCGAUACAACCAUACGAUAAACCACCUACGAGCCCUCAUUUCCACCGACCUAGUUCCUCACGGUCCAUCAGAAGUAGCGGCGGGCGGAGCAGCCGCUCUGGAAUGCGUGCUUUGGUGGAUGCUCUCAGUGACGCUAGACCAAAGUCACCUGCUGCAGCGAGUCAAGCAGACAAUGAGGAACCAAUCGAAUUAGCUCAUUACCCUGACGCCAUGAGACCUCCGCCUGGAGCGCAACCUCCCAUAGAAAGAGACGAUUUUCCCGCCCCACCAUAUCCUUAUACUGAUCCCGAAAGGCGCAGACGUUGGUCCGAUACCUACAAGGGUGUGCCAGCGUCAGAUGAUGAAGAUGAAAUAGACAACAAAGGUUACAUUCAAGAAGCUGAACAAAAAUUGAAGAAGGAGCAGGCCGAAUUGAGCAAAAUCGAUACAGGGAUAGCCAAAGUUUUUCUGCAAGAUCGUGAGAAGGAUAGGGAGAACUUACGACAUAGAGCUGCCAAUGUUGAUCCAAGAAAUGCAUCUAGAACACCAUCUGCCGCUAGAGAACCAGCCUAUCGACUGCGUUAUGAAAGUCCCGUCGGAGCCUCACCUUCGAGGAAUAUAGAUCACGCGCGUCCGUGGGAGGAUGAAGACGGUGUUAGUUAUAGAUCAAGUGUCGGGCCUAGUUACAACGCUGGGAGAUCUUCCGUUCGCUCCCCGGCGCCCAGAAAUUAUCCACCUCUCGGCACCCAACGGGCCUCUACUCUACCAUCUGCCUCUCGGCAUUACCACUCGGGCGAUUACUCGUUCAGUGGAAUGGGCGAUAAAACGCACAGCACAGAUUUUUCGUCUGGGAAAUCUGAUAUUUCAACAGGCAGUAUCACGGACGUUGACCGAAGGGCACUGGUAUGUACCACAGCGCCCUACUACUCCCGACGCAUUAGCAUGAAUGACGGUGGAAUUCUUCCAUCGUCUACAACGUACACGGGAGGUCUGGGUUCGGUUACGGUGGGUCACGGACAUCAUGUGAGACGUUCGUUGCCAGACAUGGGAGCAAAUCCAGGCGAGCCUCCGAAGCUAUAUCCUUAUCAUCUCCUUCUCAUCACGAAUUACAGGCUGCCCGGUGACGUAGACCGCUGCAACCUUGAGCGGCAUUUAUCGGACGCAGAGUUUGAAGCAAUCCUGCAAUACACACGGGCAGAAUUUUAUCGGCUACCGCAAUGGCGUCGUAAUGAGAUUAAACGAAAAGCGCGACUUUUCUAAUUUUUACGAACGAAUAUUAUUUACAUCAUUAUUACGAUAACGAUACCAUAAGUUACUAUAAACAUAAUUUAAAAAUAAUUAUUUGUGCUGCAGGGUGUAUUUUUGAGCGCAACGUAUUAUGUUAUUAUAAUAUUGGUAAACAAAGAAAUUAAAAAACUGAUAUUUCUCAACAAAUAUAUGGGGAGGAAACAACGAUAAAUGAUAUUUGUUUGUUAUGUUGCAUCAAGAGGUCAUCCUGUUUCGAACAAAAAAAGUAACAACAAUUUUCAGAUAUUUCAUAGUUAUUUGGUUUCCUCAUUCGCGCGUAGAAAAGCACGGGUACUUGUACUAAACUCUUGGUACUCCGACACACUCUUUUUUACUGCCAAUUAUGAAAAAAAAUUAUAUUAAAUACGAUUCGAUACCCGUUGCAUUUAUUUCGACUAUAAGGAUAAUUCAAAUCACCCUUAAACCUACGAAUUUUAUCAAUUAAUAGACAAAGGCUUAUUCACGUUGACGUUUACGUUCGACUCAUAUAGAUGCAUCGGCCACUUUUUAAAUAAGUCGGUACAGAUUUGAACACCAAAGUUAACAAUCCUGGGGUACUCUUUAAUAUCUCCACGUGAAGCUUUCGCAAAGCUUCUGCUCGGUAUUGAUUACGUCAAUUAGAUGAUUAUAAGUUUUAGCGAUGAAAAAUCCAGGGCAAAAGAUUAGAAUAACCAAUUUUAUACCGAACUAUGGAUUAGAUUUGUAAAAAUUGUAUAAUUGUGGGCUAAAAUUAGGUUUUAAAAUGAGUACGAUGAUUUCCUCUUUGGUCGAUGAUUCAUAUUAUGAUAAUCGAUAUGUACGACGAGUAUUUAUCAUCCCAGGUUGUUUAUCCCAACUACAACUCUUAGCAAGUGUCUUCUAUUUUAUCGUUAAGAAGCAUCCACUGAGCUAUUUAUUUGGCGAGCCCAUUAUUCACGUUAAAAUAUUCUAUCUCUUUGUAAUAUCGUGACAAUGAGAAUCUUGAAUGAACAGGGCUGUUAAAUAUCAGGUAACCCCGCAGAGAUUCAAGGAUUCAAACGAGAUCACAUUACAAUACAAUAAAAUAUUGUAAAUAAAUAUUUAAAAAAUGCUGAAGAAGGAAACAGAAAUUACACGCGUAUGCAAUAAUACAUAAUACUUUACCGUCUCACACACACUACACACACACACUACGCAAACACACAACAGACACACAUCCAUACACACAUUCUAUGGAUUAUAAAAUAUAUAUUACCUAAAUUUGGAAAUAAAAUAAAACCAAUAAAAUGCUAUUAGAAAACAAUAAUAAUAAUAAUAAAGAUUAUUAUUAUUAAUAAUACUUUUAAUAACUAUUAUAUUUUACUAUAAGCAAAAGAAAAAAAGGAAAGUAAAAGAAAAAAAAAAAGAAAAAAAAGAUUACAUUAGAUAGGAGAUGCAGCUUGCGAAAUGAUGCCAAAUCAUUAAUACGAUCAGAAUAUUAUUAUCGAUAUGAUAGAAGAAACUGGUUCGAAUAAGUGGUGAACUAACUGUUAAUGAUUGCAAAUCACACCGCAAGCUGAAUGCGCAAGGAGAAGGGCCACGCUUUAAAUCUGUCAUUUUUCUGGGUAUAGAGAAACUAAUUUAAUUAAAUAAAUAUGUGACUGUAUGGAGUUGGAGGUAUUUUAAUGAAUUGUUGAGGCUCUGGUAGCGCAACUAGUAUCACACUUGCAAUAAAAUAAUUAUCCUAAUAAUUGAACAAUAACGUGUCGUACCAAAACUAUGUAAUUGCAAUUUUGAAAAUAUCGCAAGUCAAGGAAGCCAACUUACUCGGUGUCGAAUAUCUAGAAAUGGAGAUUUGUAUGAAAAUGUAUUUAAUUUUUGGUUCACGUAUCAGGGGAAACAUAGUAUUUCUGUUUGGAGUUUGUUGCUUUUUUCUUAUCCUAUUAUACAUAUUUCUUUCUUGCUUCUCGAAAUAGGUUUUCGAAUAGGUAUUGUAAACUGUGAGAAACGCCCUGGUCACCGGUCAGCAAAAUGUCCAUAAAAAUUUCGGCUCGAGAUAUUUUUGAAAAGCAAUUAUGUUACAAGUAAACGUAAGUAAAAGCUAGAUAUUCAUGCUGAAAUUUCCUUCAAAAAAUGUCUUUACUCAUUGUCAAAUGGAAUAACAUUUUGAGGCCACAACACGGGAACAUAUGUCAUCGUCGAAAUGCAAAGUCGGUAGGAUUCUAUCAGUGUGUAUGGAUUCCUGUUAAUUUCGUAAAUUAAAAUCUUACACAAUUUUCAAAGGAUCAAUCUUUCUCGGUUUUUCAGUAGUUAUUCUUAAAUUCUUACCAGAUCAAGGCUGAUAAAUAUUUUAAUCGACUUUUCAUAUCGACCGCGACAUAGAAACUACUAAUGCUUUUACUAUGAUGUUAAACAGAUAAUGUAUCGUACGUUGUAUAAAAGCACAUCGCUUCAGCUAGUCCGUGAAAUUAAAUAAAGGCAAACAUUACGCAGUA